CUAAAACCUAAACAAACCCUCGAUAAACACCUUUCCUAUAUAACACGCGGACUCUGACAUUUUUCACUUUUUCUCUCUAGAGCUUCGAAAGAAGAGCGAGAAUUUUACGCUCGCGACGCCGUUAAUGGCGGGUACAGAGACCGUCCGAGAAAUCGUGGUCCGUACAAUCACCGGCGAAUCCACCACCGUCAAGCUUUCCGGGGACAGCACCGUCGAAGACCUCAAGCUUCUUCUCAGUCAUAAUUUCCCUCCGGCUUCUCUUUCCCCCAAUUUUCAUCUCUUCUUCAAGGGUGUUAAAUUGAGAUUGCAGAGUAGAAUAGGUAUGCAAAGUAUCCGUGACGGUGAAUUUAUAGUUCUUGUUCCGUUUACUAAGAAGAACUCUAACCAGACACAGAAAUCUGAUCGAUCUAAAACCUCAACGAACGUCACCAAUGAAAACUCAAUCUCGAAAUUUGCUGAUUCGGCUUGGUCGGAAAUUAUGCAAGAUUUGUCGAAUUUGCGUGACUCUGCUAGCACUGGAGAUUCAAACACGGAGCGCUGUAGUUUUAGUCAUGGAGAUAGGGGAGAAGAAAUGGCGGGGGCUGUUUGUUCCGGCUUUUCUACGGUGAAGAGGAAGAGGGGUAAUGAUUAUGAUGAUUUGAUACUGGAUAUACUGAGUUCUCCCGAGAGUGAGAAUGUUCUUGAUGAAAAGCAUUGUGAAAGAUUAGUCAAGGUUUUGGGGUUGAUUAGUUGUUUAUCAGACCCGCUUUCUGGAGAUUGCUUGUAUUCAAGAAGAGUCGGUUUAUUGGGUUUUGGAGUCAAUGGUAAAGGUUUGCAGAAAAAUUGUGGUAGUUCAUGUCUGUGUCCCGCGUGGUUGAAAGCCAUACUGAAGGCAUUUGCUUUCUUAAACAUUGUUUAUGCACUUCUUCAGUUGAGGCGAGAAAGAAUUAGCUUGACCCUUUUGGAAGAAAUGAUGGACCAGCUUGGCAAAUUUGGAGUUAAUCUUGACAUGAAGGACUUAGAGCAUCUUUCUGCUCUUUCUCCUAAGGUGGUAUGUUUUGCAAAUGAUGCUGAAGAUCAAACAAGCUGCACUGGUGCUAUUAUUAUUAACUGUUCGACACAGCAGAAAGUUCAAGUGAAAGAAAAUUCUAAAUUUGCCUCAUACUUGUUAGCUGUAGCGUGCAGAGGAAUGGAUGUAUCAGAAAUUUUUUGUUCUCUGAAGCAACGGGAAUGCUCUUUGAGAACUACUUUGUGGGAAGCUGUUCAGUGCUUCAUGUUUGCUGAAGGAAAUGGGAAAGUUGCAUUUUUAUCCUUGGAAGAAUUACUCCUUUCUGUCAAGAAUUGUGGUUCUGCUGCAACUUCAAAUAGGAAGGAAAGGAAAAAGGCUAGAAGUUCUGCGAGUUCAAGCUCUCAUUCAGAUCCAAAGAGAUGUCAUGUCGGUCUUGAUUCACAAAUUUGCAAAGGCACAAAUAAAUUGACACCUUUGGAAAUGGUUGAACAUCUUAAGAAGGGACUUGGAUCCCAUGGACAGAUUGUUCAUGUUGAAGACAUUGGUGCUAGGAAGGCAGUUCAUGUGGAAAUUCCAAAUAAUCUUUCACAAGACAUGAUGUCCACACUUAAAAAUAUUGGAGUCACUAAACUGUAUAGCCACCAGGCAGAAUCAAUAGAAGCAUCCUUGGCUGGAAAGAAUGUUGUUGUAGCAACAAUGACAUCUAGUGGCAAAUCUCUUUGCUAUAAUCUGCCAGUAUUACAAGUGUUGUCUCAGAAUAUGUCAUCAUGUGCUCUGUACUUAUUUCCGACAAAGGCUUUAGCUCAGGAUCAACUACGAGCUUUAUUAUUCGCGACAAAAGAACUUGAUUGUGGCUUAAACAUUGGUGUAUAUGAUGGUGAUACUUCUCAGGGGGAUAGGGCGUGGCUCCGUGAUAAUGCUAGACUGUUGAUCACAAAUCCAGACAUGCUGCAUUUGUCUAUAUUGCCAUACCAUAAACAAUUUGGGCGGAUCUUAUUAAACCUUAGGUUUGUAGUUGUUGAUGAGGCGCAUACUUACAAGGGAGCAUUUGGUUGCCAUACUGCUUUUAUACUAAGAAGACUUCAUCGUCUCUGUGCACAUGUGUAUGGAAGUGAUCCUUCUUUUGUAUUUUCUACAGCAACUUCUGCAAAUCCUCGUGAACAUUGUAUGGAUCUUGCAAAUCUCCCAACAUUAGAGUUGAUUCAGAAUGAUGGAAGUCCUGCUGCCUGGAAGCUUUUUAUUCUUUGGAAUCCUGUUGUUGAUCGAGAAAAUGUGUCAAAGAAAAGACAUGGUGGCAAGGAUGCUAGUGAAUAUGCUGAUAAAUUUAGAAGUACAAGCCCAAUUUUGGAUGUUUCACUCCUUUUUGCAGAAAUGGUUCAGCAUGGUCUUCGUUGCAUCGCAUUUUGUAAGACGCGCAAACUGUGUGAACUUGUCUUAUCCUACACGCGUGAAAUUCUUCAGGAGACAGCGCCCAAUUUGGUUGAUUCCAUAUGUGCUUAUCGUGCUGGUUACAUUGCUCAGGAUAGGAGAAGUAUAGAGGGAGAUUUUUUUGGCGGGAAGCUUUGUGGUGUUGCCGCAACAAAUGCCCUGGAAUUGGGUAUUGAUGUUGGGCAUAUUGAUGUUACUCUUCACCUAGGCUUUCCUGGUAGUAUUGCUAGCUUGUGGCAACAAGCUGGCAGAGCCGGAAGGAGAGAAAGACCUUCACUUGCUGUAUAUGUUGCAUUUGAAAGCCCUCUUGAUCAAUAUUUUAUGAAAAAUCCGAGAAAACUUUUUGGGAGUCCAAUCGAGUGCUGUCAUGUUGAUGCUCAAAAUCAGCAGGUUCUUGAACAGCAUUUGGUCUGUGCUGCUCUUGAAUACCCUUUGAGUUUGCAUUACGAUGAAAAAUAUUUUGGUCCUGGCUUAAACAGCGCCAUACUGUCUUUAAAAAAUAGGGGAUACUUGGGUUCUGAUCCAUCACGUGAUUCUUACGCUAAAAUGUGGAACUAUAUCGGGCAUGAGAAAAUGCCUUCACGUUCAGUUAGUAUCCGGGCAAUAGAAACUGAGAGGUACAAAGUUAUAGAUCAACAGACAGAAGAAAUCCUUGAAGAGAUUGAGGAAAGCAAGGCUUUCUUUCAGGUGUAUGAAGGUGCUGUAUAUAUGCGCCAAGGAAAAACCUACCUUGUCAACAGCUUAGACUUGUCUAAUAAGAUUGCUUUGUGCAAAGUAGCUGAUUUGAAGUACUACACAAAAUCGAGAGACUGCACAGAUAUUGAAGUUGUUGGUGGUAAAAUUGCCUAUCCAGCUGGGGUUUACAACAAUCAGUGCUCAAGAACGACUGCCCGAGUAAAUCCUUGCAAGGUGACGACUUCUUGGUUUGGCUUUCAUCGUCUGUGGAGAAGAAGCAACGAAAUAUUUGAUACAGUUGAUCUUGUACUUCCUAAGUAUUCAUACAUGUCACAGGCAGUGUGGGUUCCAGUUCCACAGUCAACAAAAUCAGCGGUAGAGAUGAAAAAUAUGGAUUUUCGGGCAGGCUUGCAUGCUGCUUCUCAUGCUCUUUUGAAUGUGGUGCCUCUUCGUAUUAUAUGCAACUCAUCCGACUUGGCCCCAGAAUGUGCAAACCCUCACGACACCCGCUAUUUUCCAGAAAGAAUUCUAUUAUAUGAUCAGCAUCCUGGAGGUAUAGGUGUGUCAGUACAGGUUCAACCCUUUUUCAUGGAACUGUUAACUUCUGCUCUGGAGCUUCUCAAAUCAUGCCACUGCCCAGGAGAUAUCGGUUGCCCUCAUUGUAUUCAAAGUUUUGCUUGUAAGGAGUAUAAUGAGGUUCUCCACAAGGAUGCAGCCAUUAUGAUUAUCAAGGGUGUUCUUGACGCUGAGUCGUAGUGUCAAUUUUUCGUGCUACUCUUUCGGAAUCUCCAGAAUGGAGGAGCAAGAGUUACAAUUACAGGGAAACAUCGUCAGAGGU